AUGGCAGCCUCGCUUCAAGCUUCCGUCGAUUCCUUACAAUCCUCUUUACAAAUUCUCGACUCAUCAAUCGCUACCCUCGAUUCUGGCGUUAGUGACUUUCCCCGACUAUGCAAGGUCUUGCAGACAACGCGGCACUUUGAACUCCUCCCAGAGCCCACUCUACGCGAAGCACAACAAUCUCUCCUGGAUGAAAUCACACCAAGCAUUGCGCAUCUGCUCUCACUCGCAUCAAACCACGUCGAAAAGCUCUCUCGUCGCGAACAAGCCCUCAAGGCAAAAUGCGACCUCCAAGAGGGCCGGUUACAAUCGAGUGAGGGCCGACAGACUUCGAGUCGCGGCCUGGGCGCCAUGCGUGACCGCCAAAGAACGGAUUCGGCCAGCGCUGCGGCCAAAGUGUUAGAAUACAGACGACUGGUCCAGAAGAAAGAGCGGUUGAAGUAUACAGUUGAGCGCUUAGAACUACAAAGUCAGCAGCGGGAACGCCAGCUGAGGAAGAGUAUGGCUUUUCAGUGA